AUGCCAUUUGUACAGCUUUUUGCCAGAAAGCUGCAAUUUAACACUCUCCUGCAGGGGUGGCAACGAGUGAGGAGGCGUCCCGCUGGGUUCGGGCGUCUCUCCCCACCGGCCACUCCCGCCAGGCUGCCGGGGGGCGCGCCCCGACGGGCAGGCAUCCCCGGUGCCCCGCCGCAGGAAGCCCAGGCCGGCCCGGCCCGGCGAGUCCGCCCCACACCUCCCGCAGCCCGCGGGGCUUCAGGGAGCCCUGUCGGCACAGGCGCCGCGGCGCUGGGAGGCGACCGCCAGGCAGCACCUGCCGGCACCGGCGCGCGGGGCCCGCGGGCUCACACCUGCGCGCGGGCGGCGCUCCAGCCCCGCCGGACCCCGGCGCCCGGGCCCAGCGCGGCCGCGGCGCCAGAUGGGGGAAGAGGACGCGGGCGGCGCCGGCACCCACCUGGCAGCACCUCCUCCGUCGGCGGCAGCAGCAGAGCCGGCAGCCCCUGGCACCAUCUUCCGCCGCCGCCUCGUCCUCGGCGGCGGCUACCAACCGCCCAUCCGGCUCUGCCAACCGACACGAUCGCCGGCGUCCCGGUGCCGGCCGCGGCCCCGAACUCCGGGCGGGAGGGAGGGGUCCGGGCGGAGGAGGGACGCGGUCAGGCCCCUCGGCUCUGCGUCGGGGGCCGGGGGGAAGGGGGCCGCGGCCCGUCAGAGCCGAGGGGCCGGGGCGACGGGAGGAGCCUGAGGCAGCGCCGAGGGGUCGGCAGGGCCGCGGACACGGCCGCGGCUGGGUUUGUUAUUGUCGACUCCGUUCCUUCCUCCGCGGAGCAUGCCGGGAGUCGGCGGGCGGGGGAGGGGCGGCCGGCGGCGCAGAGGGGCGGCGCGCAGGUCCGGAAGUCGGCGGCCUGCCGGGAAAGGGGCGGGGCCCGCGGCCGGCGCUGUCCUCUCCUGACCUGGGGACACCGUGCUGCGCGGCCUGGGUACUGUGGCCGCGGUCGGGCGCGCACUCCCUCAAGCUGCAACUUUAUUACACCACCCCAGCAAGACACAGCAGAGAAGAGAAAAUGAAGAGACUGACAGGUUGCUAUGCCUUGGAGGAAGACAUGAACUGAUUGUUAGGGGUAGCGUAGUAAUCAGCACACAGAAAAUAACGUGGUGAGAAGGGAUUUAACCUAAAAACUGGUAAGCAAAAUACAGCACCAGUAGGCCUCUAAGGAGUAUAUUGGUGCUUGACUGUCCUCUUAGUUAUCAGGGACAUUCAUGAUUACAAAUAAUCUUGGCAUGUAAAAGCAUCACUGGAAUGUGCCAGUGAUAAUGUCUUAAAUAAUAAAAUGUUUUAAAUGUUA